ACCAGACCUGGUUCUGCCUAUGUUUGCUUGGCUACGUAAGUUAACGUCGGCGAAAGCAACGCCCGCACACACCUCCUUGGAGACCUCCUUGGAGGGAAAAUGUAAAGCUGGUUCUUUCGCUAGCAUCUUAGCACCGUGCCCGAACACUCCAUGCCCCGCACCGUAGGUGUCUGUCUCCUGUAUUCACCUCAAGACUAUUCAAUAAAUUCCCUGCCUGACCCGAAUACACAGUUUUCAUUCCUGGUACUCGUCACCAUUCUAAACCAAGCUCUGUCCUUUCGCUCGAAGAUCGUACUCACGAGACAAGAUGUCAAGCAGGGCGAACGCGCCCAACUUGACAUCCUUAUUGGAUGGCGGAAGCCAAGCCAACCCCCUAUUCAGGGUUCACGAGAGUUCACCGUUCGAUGCUGCUUCAGGGCGAAGCCCACGGCGGGCAUCACAAACCGAAGCUUGCCAUUCGGUCGAGACUUCACCUUCCAAGGAGAGUCUUUGGCAAAGCAGAAGCGCGCACCCGACACGUCGCUUCACGCCAUCUAGUGCAGCAGUGGCUGGGCGCAAUGACAGCCUCAUGUUGAACGGCCCAUCGGGGUUGCUACCUCCGACGAUCAUCGAAUCCGCCCCCGCCACCUCGCGAUCUUCUGCUGCUGCGAAUGACAGCCCAGAGGAACCUGGCAGGUCAAAGUUGUGCUGCGACUCGGUAUCUGAUCUUGGUUGGUUAGGAGGGCAUGAUAAUCGAACAAUUAUCCGCGGGCUCAAGACGGAAACGGGGUCUUCAUCUAAUGAGCCUAGUCUGCCUGACGCGGCUGACAUUUCCCCAUGCGUCAGACACAGUCGUCACACGGGUUCAGAGGCGCCGCGAUGCCACAGCCCCUCUAACAACCAAGAUGAUAUCGACACGUCCAAUUGCGCAUGUCCGGAUAAGCUCACCAUCUACAAGAAGCUGACCUGCGAAGAUCGCCGGAUUGAGCUUUGUCGUACUUUUGAUGAGCGUAGAUUCGAUGCCAUGAUCUACGGCCAACCUGAUGCACUCCCACCACCCCACGGAAUCUUUAUUGACACCGGCCCAGCCUCUAUGGGCGCCGCUGAAGCUGUGAAGAAAACCUGCAGACCAUUGUAUAUGAAAAUCGACCCGCGUAUUCAUUGGUCCCACAAUCGCUCCGACAAGUGGUAUAAACAGAUAAUGGAAGAGAUCAAAGCUCGCGGCGGACGUGAAACGAACUUCGGCAAGGCAGCCCAUCGAAUGAGAGUGCAGAGAAUUGCCACUGAGCGGCGUGUAUGUGCAGGAGAAUGAGAGUUGGAUGAGGGCUGCUAAGUGGAUGCGAGAAUCACGGGAGGUCUAUUUACAAGCCGCAAAGCUCGAGGCUGAUCAUGAACCGUGGGAACAUUUAUUCAGGAGGCGUAGAUAAUGCUUUUGAAAAUGGUGGGAAGUUGCAAAACUACAAGGCACUUACCGCAGCCUUUCGCCAAAAAGCAACGGGAAGAAGACGUUGAGAGCGCACUCGCUGCCGCCCGCAAGCAUCGGGCCGAGUCUGGGUGAUUAGGGGAACAAGCUAUGGGGCUUUUGCUGUGGUCGCUAUGCUGCCAUGGCAGCCGCUUGUUAGGUUUGGCACACAUCGCGGAAAGCACCACAACUGUAACGGCGUUCAUUUCAACCUGCAAGCCUUCAAUCGUAGCCAUACACUCAACGUACUAGGCUCUAUCAUCAAUCCCUCUGCUCCCUAACAUUCAAAUCGCGC